ACAGAAGAAUGCUAUGAAGUGAGUUAAUAUGUACAUUGACUGAAGAAUCAAACUUCGCGCGUAUACAAAAUUUACGAAUAGUGAUAACAGGAACAGAUUUCCAUGCACGCUUAAAAUGACGAAUUUAACAGAAUGUACAAUGUGAUCCGGUUAUAACGAAAUAGUAUCACUGUAGAAUAAACCAGUAUUGGUGAGAAGUGUAUAUACAUAUUAAGUAGAUAUUAUCUACUGAAUAGAAUCACGUGUUUAAUACAAGUAUAAAAUUGUUAAAAAUGAUAAUCCGAAAAAGAAUUUGGCCUCGCACUUUAAGCGACUUUUUUUCAAUGACUUUUAUAUUAACAAUUAUACCAAUAAUAUAUUGGUUCCAACUAUGGGUGGUUUUACCGGCAAUACACGAACAUGGAUCAUUGCCGUAUAUUUUGCAUUUCCUUUUUGGAAAUUUUAUCAUGUUAAACAUAGUCGGUAAUUUUACAUAUAUAAUAUUUUGCGAUACUAGCACUAGAAGAGAUAUUAUGCCAAUAAGUGCUGCAAAUACUAAAGAUGGUUGGAGAUUGUGUGCUUCAUGUGAAACUCUUGCACCUCCACGUUCAUGGCAUUGUCCUACAUGUAAUAUAUGUAUUUUAAAGAGGGAUCAUCAUUGUAUUUUUACUGGAUGUUGUAUUGGUCAUUAUAAUCACAGAUACUUUAUAAUGUUUCUUUUAUAUUUAUUUGUAGCGACAACAUAUAGUUUUUGUUACAAUAAUCUCUUUAUUUGGAGUAAAAUGCAUUUUGAAUUUCCUAUGUCACUUAUUAAAAUCAUUUUUCCCUUAGCAAUAUUCAUUUUUGGAUUUGAUGGUUCUACAAAUCAGUUUUAUCUCAUUCUGUAUAUUGUAUCUGCAGUAGGAAUGUUGUACACAGGAGUUCUGUGCAUUUAUCAUUUUUGUCUAGUGCUUAAUGGUAAUAUAGCUAAUGAGAGUAAUAAGAAAAUACACAUAUAUAACUUAGGUUGGAAACAAAAUGUAAAGGAAGUAUUAGGCAACCGAUGGUACCUUACAUGGACACUUCCUUAUAUAAAAUCUCAAUUACCCCAUAAUGGUGUAAUAUGGGAUACAUCGAAUUCAUGGCAAUAUACAGACUUUAAAAACAAAUAAAUAUAAAUUGUAAAAAUUUUGUAAAGCUUAUAAAAGCAAAUUUGUUAAACUGAUUAAUUUGUAUUAUAUACUGUAUAUAUCACAAAGCAUGUAUAUUUUAUUACAUUGAUGUAAUACAUUUAAAAGCGUACUAUUGGAAUAGAUUAAAAGUCAGAUUAUUGUUUACAAUUGUACUUUGACAAUUUAUUAUAAAUAUAUGAACUUAAUUAUACAUAGUAAAUCAGUACUUAAUUUUCAUUCUUAUUAUAGAUAAAUUAUACAAAUUCAAGAAAAUAUUACAAUAAAUGCCUUUUAACAAAAUAGUGGAAGAAUUUGAUUUUAAUAUCUACACAUAAAAGUUUGAUUCAGUUCAUAAUAUAUUUGUCUAAGGAUUGUCGAUUUUACAUACAUAAAGAUUUAAUAAUUGUAAUAAUUUAUAUUAAACAUAAUAUAAUUGUACAUUGGUAGGACUAGUUUUAUAAUUAUUGUUAUUAUAUGAUGUUAUAUAGUGAACUUAAAUAUCUUUUACUACAUAUUUUUCAAUUUAAUACAAUAAUAUUAAAUGUACAAAUAUAUCGUAUUUGUCAAUGAACGUUAAAUUGUAAAAAAGUGUCCUAUGGCAAAAAAGAAUAAUCUCGUUAUAAAAUUUUAUACAUUAAACUUACAUAAUUAUCACUAUGUCUUUUCCACUAUAAUCUCAAAUACAAUACAUUUAUAACAAAUAAGAAUAAAUAUAUAAUAUGCUUUAUGAAUAAUGAUUUUAGUCAGUAAUCAGUAAUUAAGACAAUAACAUCAGUUAUAAUUAAUAACAUCAGUAAUUAAGAUUGUAUAUCUACCAAUAUUAUAUUCUUGUAAAAAAAUUGUAUGAUUGGAAAUGAUAUAUGUACAAUAUAUUUAUAAGCAUAACUAUA